AUGGCGUUUCCAAAAUCAUGGUUACCAAUUCCUCCAAAAUCUCCAUUCUCAAUAGCCAACAUCCCAUUCGGCAUUAUCUCGACUGCCGCCAAUAAAACCCCACAUCCAGCCGUGGCCAUCGGAGAUAAUGUUCUUGAUUUGAGAAUAUUUGCGGAAAACAAAGGGUUUUCUGCUUCUACGGUAAUUGAAAAAGAAAAGGAUGUCUUUUCAAAAUUGACAUUGAAUGCAUUUGCGGCGCUGGGAAGACCAUUCCACCGGGAAGUCCGGAAAUACUUACAAGAAGUAUUCACUGAAAACUCCCCAUAUGCGAGUCUCUUGGAGAAAAACGAGAGCCUUAGGCAGCAAGCCCUAAUACAACUCAAAGAUGCGGACACUCAUUUGCCGUUGGAAAUCGGAGACUACACCGACUUUUUCGCCGGGAGAAAUCACGCUUUCAACGUGGGAACCCUAUUUCGAGGCCCCGAAAACGCACUACAACCAAACUACGAACAUAUCCCGGUUGCCUAUCAUGGCCGUGCUUCGUCUGUCGUUGUUUCUGGAACGGCUUUAAAACGACCAUGGGGCCAGAUUCUACCAGAUCCCAAGGCGGAACCCAAAGUUCCCAUUUUCGCACCAUGCCGUCGGCUGGACAUUGAGCUUGAGCUUGGAAUGUUUGUCAGUCGCGGAAACGAGCUCGGAGACUCGAUAGACGUCAACAAGGCUCACGAGCACAUCUUCGGCUAUGUAUUGAUGAAUGACUGGUCAGCAAGAGACAUUCAGACCUGGGAGUAUGUCCCGCUGGGCCCUUUCAAUGCCAAGAAUUUUGGAACUACCAUCAGCCCUUGGGUGGUAUUAGCGGAUGCAUUGGAACCCUUUUCCUCGACGGGCUUGCAGAAUACUACUCAACUGCAGAGCUAUCUGCAGGAAAACAAAAAGAACAAUGUUAUUGAUAUAGAUCUAGAGGUUGAUCUUAAGACUGCGAGCGGAAUUUCAACAACAAUUAUUCGGACAAACGCUCGCAAACUCUUAUGGUCAUGGCCACAAAUGCUAGCACACCAUUCAGUGUCUGGCUGUCCUCUCCGAACCGGUGAUUUGUUUGGCUCGGGAACGAUCAGUGGAGAAGAGUCUGGUACACAGGGUAGUCUCUUGGAGCAGAUACAGGGAGGAAAGGUAACGCUAAAGCUCAACGGCGGCGAAGAGCGCAAAUUCUUAGAAGAUGGAGACACCAUCACUAUUCGCGGAUGGAGCGGCGAAGAAGGCGCUUUGGUUGGUUUUGGAGAAGCUGUUGGGACCAUUCUACCCGCCGUGUCUCGUAAAUAG